ACAAGAUAACGAAGACAUGCUCAUAAAAGUAGUGUCUCUCUUGCGAGUGUUAAAAUUGCAUAACUGAAAAACAAACAUUAACAAGUAAACAUGUUGACUCCAUUAAAUCAUUAAUUUGUGUGACAUGCUUAAUUGGUAUCGGAAAAUGGUGCUGUCUGUCACACAAGGUGCUGAUGUGAAUUCACGCACUAUGUAAAGCCUACAAUCUUUAAUUAAUGGCCUAACCUUCAUGUCACAGUUGUUAUACGGCGUGAUCUAUUUAAAAAAAAGCAACAGUUUAUUUCAGAUUAAAAAUUAAUAAACCAGCGCAAAAAGGAAAUAGUCAUGGAAAGGGGAUAGCAGUGCUUUUUUUAGACUAAAAUUUAAAAAAAAUCCUGUUACAACAAUGACGCAUCAAACCUGAUUACCAGAUGUAUGCAAAAUUCUAAAGCGGGAGCUGAUGCAAAUUUCGUUUUUUACGCUUUCGCUUAAUGUUUCAAAUGGUAAUGUUCUGGGGGACUUCUUUUAAUUAAACACUUCCGAGUAAAAUUCGCUUGCGGCAACGUAACCAUUCUUCGAUGUGCCACACGCGUGCGUCUAUCACCUCAAACUCAGCAACUUCUAAUCUAAGUCUGAAACCAAACGUUGAAAUAAAAACCUGAGGGUAAAUAAUAACACAUCGAACCGAGAGCUCUACUGCUCAAGACAAUGUAACCAAUCGGAAACUUAAAUGCUCCAAGAAAUACACUCAGCAAAGUCAUCCCUCAAACACAUCCAAUUAUUCAACAGUUGACGCUAUUAAAAUAAACCUUAAAACAUGUCCGAACACACUCUAAAGACUCGAAAAAGACUGUCGAAUCUGAUUUUUUUAUCUCAAUGCCUACUGAUUUCUGUCUUGGUGGCGGGCCAAGCGCGACCAGCCAGUGCGGAGGCCUACACGAUUUUCCAAGCGGUGCUCCAAUACUACAGGAACUGUCUGAAUCUCCCACCAGGAGUCGUGAGGGAGCCAGCCAAGAUCUACCCGGAAUACGACUUCAUAGUAGUCGGCGCCGGUUCGGGAGGCUCCGUCGUCGUGAACCGGUUGACGGAAGAACCCGAUUGGAACGUCCUUCUCCUGGAGGCCGGCAAAGAAGAAAUCCUCCUGACAGACGUCCCACUACUGGUCAGCUACAUCAUACACACGGAUUUCAACUGGGGCUACAAGACGGAGAGGUCUGACCGGGUGUUCCUGGGCAUGGAGGACCAGCAAAUCAAAUGGCCCAGAGGCAAGGUAAUGGGCGGAUCAUCGGUGCUCAACUACAUGGUGUAUUCCAGAGGGUGCAAGGCCGACUUCGACGAGUGGGCGUCCCUCGGGAACUACGGCUGGAGCUACGAGGAAGUCCUGCCGUACUUCAAGAAGUCCGAGGACAUGGACGACCCCGACCUGGCCGGAUCGCCGUGGCACGGGACGGGCGGCUACCUGCGGGUGAGCCGACCCAACUGGCACUCCCCGGCGAGUCACGCCUUCCUGGAGGCCGGCCGCGAGGUCGGCUACGACAUCGUCGACCAGAGCCAGCCGGUCCCCAUCGGGUUCUCGUACGUCAUGUCGACCACGAAAGACGGCGCCAGGCUCAGCGCCGCCAAGGCGUUCUUGCGCCCGAUCAGGAAGCGCCAAAACAUGCACGUGCUCAAGGAGGCGCGCGUGACAAGGGUAGUAAUCGAUCCCGUCACCAAAAGCACUGUCGGCGUGGAGUUCAUACGCAACCGGCGGAGGGUCAUGGUGCGAGCCCGGAAGGAGGUCAUCUUAGCCGCGGGGACUCUCAACAGCCCUCAGAUAUUGAUGCUCUCCGGUAUCGGGCCGCGAGAACACCUCGACGAGUUGGGCAUCGACGUGAUAGAGGACUUGCCGGUGGGCUACAAUCUCCAGGACCACGUUUCGGCCAACGGAUUGGUCUUCCUGGUCAACUCCUCGGUGUCCGUGAUCGAGUCGCGCUUCACGCAGCCGCGCUACCUCGCCGAGUACCUGCUCCAGGGCAAGGGCCCACUCACCCUGCCCGGCGGCACGGAGGGGAUCGCGUUCACGUUGACGAAAUACAGCAACGACACCUCGCGGCCGGAUAUGGAGAUCGUGUUCAGCCCCGGGGCAGUCACGGGUGACACCGGUGGGAGUCUGCGAAAAGUGCUCAGCUUCUCUGAGGAGCUCUACGACCGCGUCUACAGGCCUUACGAAGGCAUGGAUGCUGUGAGUUUGGUGCCCAUCCUCCUGCGGCCGUACAGUAAGGGCUACGUGAGGCUCAGGUCCAAGAACCCACUGCAUUGGCCUAAAUUCUACCCCAACUACUACAGCGACGAACGGGACGUUUGGAGGAUCGUUGAGGGAAUCAAACAGGCGAUCGCGCUGAGCCGGACGCGGGCGAUGCAGCGGUACGGGGCGCGGCUGCUGCCGGCGGUGGUGCCGGGCUGCGAGCAUCUGACGUUCGAGACGGACGCCUACUGGGCCUGCUUCGUGCGGGUCAUCACGACGAACCUCCACCACCAGACGGGGACGUGCCGCAUGGGCCCCAGCGCGGACCCGGGCAGCGUCGUCGACCCGGAGCUCCGCGUCAAAGGGGUGCGCGGUCUCCGCGUCGUCGACGCCGCCGUCAUGCCCACCAUCCCCAGCGGACACACCAACGCCGUCGUCUUCAUGAUCGGCGAGAAGGCUGCCGACAUGAUCAAGGCCGCCUGGAGCCACCCAACACGGGCUUACGGACCCUGGAGAAGGUAGAACUACCCUCAUAUAGAGUCCCUUUAUACUGAGAGUCAAGACAACACCCCU